UUCUCUCGACUUCUAUACUAUACAUUCAUCUGUUUCUUUCUGAAAAGAGAGAGUGACAAACAAAGAAGUAUGGGAGCAAACGCAUCAACCGACCACGCCACCAGCAAUGGCUACAACAAGCACACCUUCGUCUAUGGCUCUUCCCAUGGGAAGGCCUCUCAGGUCAUUGAAUUCCAUUCCUCGGCUCGUUGGAAGGCACAUUUCGAUGCCUCCAAAGGGACCACCAAGCUGAUGGUCGUGGAUUUCACGGCAUCGUGGUGCGGUCCCUGCAAGCUCAUGGAACCCAUGAUUAAUGACUUAGCUACCAAGUGCACCGACAUCGAGUUCAUCAAGAUUGAUGUGGACGAGCUGGAGGAUGUGGCGAAGACAUUCGGAGUAGAAGCCAUGCCCACAUUUUUGCUGAUAAAGAAUGGGAUAGUAGUUGACAAAGUCGUGGGCGCCAAGAAGGAUGAGCUCCAGAAGAAGAUCGAGCUUCAUCGCAACUGAUUUGAAUUAUGAUCUCAACAACAAUAAUCUCGAUCCAGACGAACUAAUAAGGGUCUUUCGGCAUUUCCAGCCUCAAAGUAAUGUUGUGAUUCAUGAAUGUUAAAUCUAGCUUGAGCAUUGGAAUUAAGAGAUGCUACCGGAGCUAUGUCAAGAAAUUACAUGCGAUGACAGGUUGCGUUUGUAAUCGAUGGAUUCGAGUUUGAAAACUUUGUUUCAGUCGAUAAUAAAAGAAGUUUCUUCGAGA